CAUUUUUUUGUAAAUUAAAAUUGUGGAAUCAGGAAGAUUAAGUUCUAUGUGUGAGUUCCACAGUUUUCGGUCCAUCAGAAAGCUCCCACGAAAUUCAGAAUGAGAGCCAUCAACCCUUCUCUUCCAUUUCCUCCUUACCAAACUUUCCCCAAUUUCCUUCCUCCAAACCCUAACCCUAAUUCCCAUAUCCAUGAUUCUUCACAUUCUCAAUCUCAACAUCCUCCUCUCGACUUGUCUUCGUCCUUUUCCUCCCUCAAUAAUCUCAUCCAUUUCGCCAACCAAACCCUUCAAUCUCUCUCCUACCUCACCCCAUCUGAUUUCGCGAACCAUUCUCAUCUCCUUCACUGCCAUUUUGAUCGUCGCCACCGUGUCCCCCCGCAUUCUCUCUUCCGCCACUCCCUUCUCUGCCCUUCUGCUUCCCUGCUUCCUAUUGACCCCACCCAACUUUUUCAAUCCUUGCUUUACCCCCAAACGCUUCAUUCAUCUCGUCAAUUGGUUAAUGAAAACCGCUUCUCUCAAGUUCUCCCGGAUUCGGAUGCAGACCUUUGCUUUUCUCUCACUGAUUAUUCUGAUGCCACUUCCAAUUUCUUCUAUGUUGAUUGCCCUGGCGUCGUUGCCUUGUCUAACCUUGAUGAAAUGUCCAAAGUCUUCACACUUCCCCGUGUUUUGGCUGUUCAUUGUGCUAAUUUUGUCGGUAAUGACCAUUUCGAGAUGAAUAGUACUUUGAAUGGGAUACGAAUACUUCCAUCUGACUUGUGGAAUCUUAGAAGUGAGGUAGAAAUUUGGAAUGACUAUCCCAGUAAGUAUUCGUUUGUUGUGCUUCGGUCCAUAUUGGGCUCAGAGAUGGCUUUGAACAGCCAUUUGAUGACAUGGAUCAUUGAAAAUUCGCCUCGGUAUGGUGUUGUUAUCGAUGUUGCUUUGAGGGAUCAUAUAUUUUUGCUGUUUAGGUUGUGUUUUAUGGCAAUUUAUAAGGAAGCUUUGGGGUUUCAAGUUGCGUUGGAAAAAGGUAAUGGAAUGGAGGGUGAAUCAGGGAAUAGCUGUUUUAAGUGUCCGAUUUUGAUUCAAGUAUUGAUGUGGCUGGCAUCGCAGCUUUCCGUGCUGUACGGGGAAACAAACGGGAACUUCUUUGCUGUUAACAUGCUUAGACAAUGUAUACUAGAUGCUGCAUCGGGGUUGUUGCUUUUACAGUCCGAACAAAAAUCUACGGAGAGUCUGACUUUAGGAGAGGGUUCUCAUGAUCUGGAAAUUAGUUGUAGUGACACACAGAGUGUGAAGAUGAACGAAUUGGAUCAGAAAGUUGUGAAUAAUGGCCAUGCGGUCAAUUGUAGUGUGAUUCUUGUGUCCCAAGUUGCUGCAGCUGUUGCAGCAUUGCAUGAGCGUUUCCUACUUGAAGAAAAGAUCAAAGCGUUACGCUUUGCUCAUCUGCAAACUAAAUAUCAGCGGGUUUCGGAGUAUAAUGAUAUCUUUCAAAGAGCUUGUGAAGAGCGCAAGAGACGUUGCAACUAUAGACCUAUAAUUGAGCAUGAUGGACUCCCAAAGCAGCAGUCUCAUAAUGAGCAGGAUGCAAACAAGACCAAAACAAGGGAGGAAUUGUUGGCUGAAGAGAGGGAUUAUAAACGUCGAAGAAUGUCAUACCGUGGAAAGAAAGCAAAGCGAUCAACUUUACAGGUUACAAGAGAUAUUAUUGAGGAAUACAUGGAGGAGAUUAUGAAAGCUGGAGGAAUUGGACGCUUUGUGAAAGGACCUGAAGAGAGAGGAAUAAAAUCUGAACAACCAAGUGAUCACAACCUUACAAAAAAUAUUACUGCUGACGUGCACACAAGAGGAAGCAACGACUCAUAUGGAGAUGCCAGACAUAGCUCAGGUCAUUCCAAGAAGCAGUCUAAUUAUGAUAGUAGAUACUUGGCUUCUGAGAAGCCACAAAAAAGUCAUUAUGGGCACUAUGUCUCUCCGGAAGAUGAAAGGAAAAUUUCCAGUAAGGACAAAUAUGAUCGAGAUCACUAUCAUAGGUUCUUAGAUCAAAGCAGUGGUCCUAGCCAGUCACACAAAUGGAAGAGAUAUCCUAAUGAUCGAGAUGAUGAGGUGACAGCAGAAACCAGGCAUCAUGAAACUAAAAAGCUGACUUCUAGCAGCUCCCAUGGAAGAUCAUCUUCAUCCUCAAGAUCUGGGGGUGGUUCAAGUGCAAGGAAAGUUAGCAAUAAGUUGAGAGCCAGUGAUAGUUGGAAGAUGAACACGGCUGAUAAUCAUAGUUCAGAGCAUUUGGUGUUUAAUUCAUUUAAUGAUAGGUAUACCCCAUCUGAUUGUCAUGAUGAAUUGGAAGAUGAGUACUCCACUGUCAGCAGAUUAUCUAAGUCCAGAUGAACUUUAAUUUUAUGAUCAUUGAAUGAUGGGAAGGUGUGCUGCAUGCCGUGCCAUACUUCUUAACCUAACAAAUCUCUACCUUGUGCAUGAAGUUUUAUCUGGCUUGAGAAAUUUAUCCUCACCUGUAUCCUCCAUAGUAUCCUUGAAGUUUAUAUCCCAUUUUCUUAUACAUUGAAUCUGUCUCAAUCUCUACUCUUUCAUUUAUGUUUCUGAGAGAUUUGCUACUAACUUAAUGUUGCACUUGCAUUUAUUUGAUUUACAUCAUCAUCGUAUAAAAGAUACCAAUUUUACAUCCACUUUUUCUGUUCUGGGGUUGUCUUAUAAUUCUCGAUUAAUUACGAAGACAGAUUAAUGAAGUCGUCAGAAAAAUGAUUCAUAAAUAACAUUUUAUGGAGGGUGCAACCAACUGUUAGUUAUGGUUAUGAAAUUACCAUGUUAUACGGUUGUUUCUUUUUGUACUCCUUGUUUGCUAUGGUUUACACAUUUUGGUGUUGCAUCACUUGACCUUUACCUCUGCUUUUCGGUUGCAAUUGGAGUUGGUCAUUCAAAAUCUUGUGGAAAAUUAAAAAAAUGAUAUACUCAGAAAAAAGAUCGUAGAGUUUAGGCAUUAUAAACUGGUUAGUGAGGCAAUAUCAUUGAAUAAGCCAAACUUGUUUCCGGUCUCUUCCUAGUGAGAUGAAAAGUAGUAUAAGCUUUGGAGGGCUUAUUGAUGCAUAAUGAUUUCACUUCAAAAACUUACUCAUGUUCGUUAUGGAGUGGUAUGAAAGAUUAAUCUAGCAACUUAACAAACAUUUUAGGCAAUUACACUCAGUACUAGAACUCAACCUUAUUACUGAUAUUCUAUUAGUUCUAACUUUUGUAUUGCAUUUAGUGUUUUGAUCAACAGCCCAGUUUAUCAGUAAAGUAUUGAAGGCAGUCUGGUGAUGAAUUUGAUCAGAGACCUACAACCCACAGCGUUUCAGAUCGUCUGUUGCAGGUUGCUUCAUUCUACAUUUAUGCUCACAUCGUCUGUUGCAGGUUGCUUCAUCCUACAUUUAUGCUCACAGGAAUUUCAGCACAAACAAAAUUAUCGUACUGAUCAGCAUUUGUUAUUUUGUUGUUCCUAUGGAAAAUUAUUAAAAUAUGGGCAUGUGGUAAUUCAAUGACAUAAACAUAUGCUGCAACCUUACUAAAAAAUUGUUUUUUGAAGAGUUUAUCUUUAAGAUCUUGGAGUUUUGCUCGAAAAACUCGAGCAGUGAGAUAUGGUCUAUCUUGUGGUCGUUGUCCCAGUAAAAGCUCAUCUUGAAUUUCUAUCCAAUAUGAAUUGCACGUCAUUGUAAUAAAAAGAUCAGGUUUUCUAAA